AUGGAUUUGGAGCAUCGCAUCAAGGCGUAUCGUUUUGUCGCCUACUCGGCAGUCAUAUUUUCUGUGGUCGCCGUGCUUUCUGUCUGUGUUACUUUACCCAUGGUCUCCAACUACGUUUACCAUGUCAAAAUGACAAUGCACUCCGAGAUCAAUUAUUGCAAAGGCUCUGCUAAAGACAUUUGGAGUGAAGUAAACGUUCUUAAAAACUACCCCUUAGGCAAUCGUACUGCUCGACAAGCUGGGUAUCAGGAUGUUGGAGUAUCCGCAAAUAACAAUGCAGAGAGCAAUAUCUGCGACUCCUGCUGCCUUCCUGGACCAGUCGGCGUGGCCGGAGUACCUGGAAAACCUGGCCGUCCAGGAAAACCAGGUGCUCCAGGCCUUCCUGGAGCUCCAGGGCGUCCUCCAUACCAACCUUGUGAGCCAAUAACACCACCACCAUGCAAACCAUGCCCCCCGGGUCCACCUGGACCACCUGGACUUCAAGGACCUUCUGGAGAUCCUGGGCCAAAUGGAGCACCUGGUGCGCCUGGAAUUGACUCUCCACCUGGGCCUCCAGGUCCGAAAGGACCGCCGGGAAUCAAUGGGAACCCAGGAGCACCUGGUUCGCCUGGCCAACCUGGACUUGAUGCAGCUUCUGAGCCACUUAUAUCAGGAGAACCCGGUCCAGCUGGAGAACCUGGGCCACAGGGAGUACCUGGACCACCUGGCAUUCCUGGAAAAGAUGGCCCACCAGGUGAGCCUGGACCGAAAGGACCAACUGGUCCAGAAGGAAGACCGGGAGAGGACGGAAUUCCAGGAUUGCCUGGACCCCCUGGACUACUUGGUGUUAGUGGCGAGCCUGGUAUCUGUCCAAAAUACUGCGCCAUCGAUGGUGGAGUUUUCUUCGAAGAUGGAACACGUCGUUAA